AUGAUUUCAUACAUAACUGAAGAGAACAAAAGGAGAAAGAGGAAAAGGAUAAUCUUGACAGAACUUAACUUUGAAUCGGUACUUCUUGGAAUGGCAUACCUUAUUUCACAGAGAGCACCUCGUGGAUUAGGUAGUUUUAGUGAUGAUGAGCACAAGCACACACUUAGGAAGUAUUUGUUGAAAGAUAUGUAUGAUGGCUCAGAAGUGGCAUGCUAUGAUCAGCUACGUAUAACAAAAAGAAAUUUUCAUGAUUUGUGCAUCAUGUUGCGUGAGAGGUGUGGUCUAGUUGAUAGUGUGUAUGUGGUUGUGGAAGAAAAGGUUGCCAUGUUCUUGUUAGUAGUGGGUCAUGGUCUGAAAAUGAGGUUGCUUCGAGGCACAUACAAGCGGUCUUUGGGAACUAUAAGUACUCACUUUUCUGAAGUGUUAAGAGCCAUUCUAUCUAUGCAUGGAGAGUUCAUUAAGCUUCCAGAUGCUAAUGUUCAACCUCCCGAUGAUUACAAAUGGAAGUGGUUUGCUGGUGCACUAGGAGCAUUAGAUGGCUGUCAUGUAGAUGUUUCCGUUCCCGUGCCUUCCCAAGGGAGGUACAGGAAUAGGAAGCAAGCUGUCAGUACAAACAUGCUCGGUGUGGUGGACUGGAAUAUGAAAUUUCUGUAUGUCUUACCUGGCUCGGAAGGUUCCGCUUCAGACUCUAGAGUCCUACGCGACUCCAUGAGAACUAAUCGCCAAGAUGCAUUUGUUGUACCUAAUGGUAUGGCUUUUUCUCUUGGCAUCUUGUUCUCUUUUCACAUGCUACAACCAACCUAA